AUGCUCCUGUGGGGGGUCCUAUUAGUGACAGCUGGUGGCCUCAUCUUUGUGAGUACACUGUUCGAGCUCCCUCCGAAUGAUGAAAAAUUGGCUGUUUCAUCCUUGUUCUUCGAGCUUCGGGCCAUCUUUCAUGAUGUUCGCGUCGAGAUAUACAUGCUGUUGCUCAUUUGGUCCCCGAAACCCAUCGUUACCCGUCAAUCAGAAACAUAUUAUCGCUCGCAUAAAUCUUAUGAUAAACCGCUUCCUCUCACUCGGUUACAAGACCCUGCUACCGUUGACUUAAGCGUGGUCAUUCCAGCAUACAACGAGACUGAACGUCUGCCUAUCAUGUUGGAACAAACUAUCAGUCACUUGACAAGUAUAAAUGAACAGCGGAAAAAACACAACUCAAAGAAUAACAAAAGUUCCAAGGCGAAAUUAUCUUCACCCUCAUCACGACCACGGACAUUCGAAGUGCUGAUUGUUGACGACGGGUCGACUGACGGUACCAGCGAUGCUUCGCUAGCCCUCGCUCGGUCCAAAUACCCAGAUUUUGACAUCAAAGUGGUUAACAUGGAGUUGAAUCAAGGCAAAGGCGCUGCAGUAAGACAUGGAAUGCUGCAUAGUGGGGGCCAACAACUUUUGAUGGUUGACGCUGACGGCGCGAGUCGUUUCCAGGAUCUUGAGCGUCUAUGGGAAGGCAUGGACGAAAUUACCGGCGGAGAUGACGCGGGUGAAGGGGUAGUUGUUGGCAGUCGUGCUCAUAUGGUCAAGACGGAGGCUGUGGUCAAACGAUCCUUUAUUCGUAACAUGCUAAUGCGCUGCCUCCAUACUCUCCUCCUCAUUGUCGGUGUAGGUCACAUCCGGGAUACCCAAUGCGGGUUCAAACUAUUCUCCCGACCUGCCGCUCGUAAAAUGUUUCCAUACCAGCACCUCCCAUCAUGGAUGUUCGAUGUCGAACUGCUAUUACUCGCUAAAGCACAGAAUAUCCCCGUGCGAGAGGUAGAUGUGCAAUGGCAUGAGGUUGGAGGUAGCAAAUUGAACGUCGUGAAAGCAAGUUUAGGGAUGUUGAGGGAUCUAGGAGUGAUCAGAGGUAAUAUGUUAUUGGGGAGGUGGGGUGUCGGGAAAGAAGGUGGAAAGGAGAAGGUUGAGUAG